ACAUGGGGUAUAUUUCUGGCACGCACACGCCAAUCUCCCAUAGGAGGGAAUGUGAGGAGCUCUUGGAGUGGAAAGAAGGGUGAGGCAGGGCACUCCUCAGCAGCAGACCCUCCCUGGAAAAGCUUGUCAGCAAUGUGUGGGCUUUGGAGUGAAGGGGAGGGGGUGGGGAAUGACUGGGACCCUGUGUGUCCUCUGAUCUAGGGGCAGGAGGAGGCACAGGAAAAAGCUCACUAGUUGCCUGUCAAAGCAGAGGGACAGAGGAGGGGUGAGCGAGGGCUCAGUGCAGUCCCUUCAGCUAAGCCCAGCAGCUCACAUCAACAAAGACUUGUGGCAGACAGCAGUCCUCAUAGGGAAGCAAUUAGGAAAGGUGAAAUGUUCACAUGAAGGACUUGGAGGAGGAUCUGUGGCCAGUCCCAGUCAUCAGAUCAGGAGUCCCAAUAGUGGAGUCCAUUCACACAGUGACAGUGCUGGGAAUAGUACACUGAGCACAGGAGCAUGGAGAGGAUAAAAGUUCUAGACCAGCUGUUGCCAGAGUUGAGUGUGUUACUAAAGCUUCUGGAUCAUGAAUUCCUUAGUGCCACCACCAGAGAAAAACAAAGUGCGGUAUGCAGCAUCCUGCGACAGCUACAGCCUUCUCCAGGAGAUGACCUGGAUUUCCAGUAUAUGAACACUGCUGCCUAUCACAAUGGCACAAGCUUUGUGGAGUCUCUCUUUGAGGAGUUUGAUUGUGACCUGCAGGAAUUACAAGAAAUGCAGGAUGAAUACAAAGACACAGAGAGCCAAUCUUCUCCACCUCCACCACCACCAUGUGCCCCUCCACCACCAUUGCCACCAUGUGUCCCUCCACCACCAUUGCCUACCACUCCCCCACCAGAGGAUUACUAUGAGGAGGCUGUGCCACUUGGGCCAGGAAAGUCCACUGAGUAUAUAACAUCUCGCAACAGUUCCAGCCCUCCCAAUUCCAUAGAAGAUGGAUAUUAUGAAGAAGCGGAUAAUAAUUACCCUCUUACCCAAAUUAAUGGAGAGCAGAAACAUUCAUAUAAUGAGUCUGAUGGUCUGAGCAGCUCUUAUGAGUCGUAUGAUGACGAAGAUGAAGAGGGUAAAGCUCAGCGUCAGAUGCACCAAUGGCCUUCCCAAGAGUCGUCUCUGCACCUGGUCCGGGAUAGCAGAAUCUGCGCAUUUCUCCUGCGCAAGAAGCGCUUUGGCCAGUGGGCAAAACAGCUGACACUAAUCAGAGACAACAAACUACUGUGUUAUAAGAGCUCUAAGGACCAGAAUCCUCACUUGGAAAUGCCUCUGCCUCUGUGUAAUGUCACCUACGUCCCAAAAGAUGGCCGACGUAAGAAGCACGAGCUACGUUUCUGUCUUCCAAACUCAGAGAUACUUGUGUUGGCGUGUCAAAGUCGGGAACAGGCUGAAGAAUGGAUGAGGGUGAUCAAGGAGGCCAGUAGCCCAACUUCAAUACACUUAACUGCUUCCCCAGCACUGAGACAUAAACUGGAUCUGGACAAGAGGUUGUCCCAUGACAAGACAUCUGACUCUGACAGUGCAGUGAAUGGUGAAAAUAGUUCCCCCAGUAGUGGGAAAGAGAACCGUGACAAUGUGAAGUGUCGGAAAAGUGGCUUGGCUGAGUUGAAAGGUUCCAUGAGUCGGGCUGCGGGGAAGAAAAUUACAAGGAUAAUUAGUUUUUCUAAAAAGAAGCAGUCUGCAGAAGAACAGCACACCUCAUCCACAGAUGAAGAUGUCCCUUGUUGUGGUUUCUUGAAUGUGCUUGUGAACCAGUGCUGGAAGGAACGUUGGUGCCGUUUAAAGGGCUACACAUUGUACUUUCACAAGGACCGCAAUGAUCUAAGAACUCAUGUUAACUCUAUUGCGCUGCGAGGCUGUGAGGUCUCACCAGGGUUUGGACCAAAGCACCCAUUUGCUUUCCGAAUCUUACGUCAAAGCCAAGAAGUCUGUGUUUUAGAGGCUAGCUCCUCUGAAGAAAUGGGCCGGUGGCUGGGGUUACUGUUGGCUCAGACUGGUUCAAAAACCAAACCUGAUGCUCUGCACUAUGACUAUGUUGAUGUUGAAACAAUAGCCAACAUCGUCACUGCUGUGCGUCACUCCUUCCUGUGGGCAAAAUCUUCACAUAGCAGUAGUAGUGAUUCCCGAAUCUACGAUGAUGUGACCUAUGAAAAGGUGGAAGAUCCUAAGCGCACGCAAGGUGGAACGCAAGUAAAGCGCCAUGCCUCAUCCUGUAGUGAAAAGUCCCGGAGAGUGGAUCCUGAAGUUAAAGUCAAGCGUCAUGCUUCAAAUGCCAACCAAUAUAAGUAUGGCAAAAACAGAGCUGAGGAAGAUGCACGGCAAUUUAUUAUUGAAAAAGAGCGCCUGGAAAAGGAAAAGGAGGCCAUCCGGAACAAGCUGAUAGCUUUUAGGAAAGAAAGGAGAGAACUGAAAGAGCAACUGAAGAAUAGUACAGGGAAGAAGCAAGAAGAACUGGAGGCAAAGCUGGCCUCACUAGAGGAACAGUGCAAGAACAAUGAGAAGAGCCGUGUAGACCUGGAGCUUCAACUUAUAGAGGUGAAAGAAAAUCUGAAGAAAUCUCUUGCUGGAGGCCCCUCUCUUGGACUGGCAGUGACUGGAAAACCUGAAAAUCCUACCCCCAAGACCCAGCAAGAAAGUGAACGUCCUCUACCUGUCAACAGUGCAGCAGAACUGAGACGCAGAACGCCUCCCGUAGCAACAAGCAAUAAAGGGAAGGUGUUACAAAAAGCCAAGGAAUGGGAAAUGAAGAAGCAGUAAACCAUCAUUUUAUCCAGUGAAACAAAAUGGAAAAACUAAAAAAUGCUUCACAUUGUGAAAGUGUUUGUGAUGGGGCAGCUGGUAAAUACAGAACGGAGAAAGUUUGUCCAAGCUGUGCCCAGACUAAGCACAAGCACUAUGAGUACAAAAACUGAACCAGACUAAACAGACAGAAGAUGGAUAUGUGUGUCCUAGACGCUAUUAAAGAUGUAUACAAUCAUUUCCAGUACUAGAAGAUGUCUGAUAAAACUGAACGUAGACUUUUGUAAACCGUUAAGAUUGAAGUGGAAUAUUUGGACAGUUUACACAACAAGAGACCACUUCAUACUUUAGAAUGUGUGAUGUUCUUUACUCCGGAUGGUAAAUGCAAGUUAAUGACCGUUAAUUACUGCCGAAACUCAAAAAGAAGACUGAUGACUAAUACGAAAAAACUGAACUAACAGGUUGCAGUUCUGAGAUGUAAUCUGCUCACCUAAAAGACUAAAGUGUGUCAUUAAAACUAGACCCCUGUUUAGUUAAAGCCCCUAUGCAAAGUCAUUGUUGUACUGCUUCCACUUGUAUCAACAAGCUGUGCACUACCAUUUAAGGUCUGAUGUGGCUUCAAUACUAUAACAAUGCAGUCAUGGAGCUUAAAGGCUGCUGAAAGGUCCUGGAAGGAGGACAUAUCUUACUUACUGACCACCCACUGAUUAAAACUGAACAUUUAUGGGGGUUUUAGUUUAGUAUCUCUACAGUUCUGUAAUUGUAUACCUAAGCAGGGUUGUGCAAUAAGUAAAUGCAGCAUGCAAUGGGUGGAGUAACUCAUACGUAAUUAGAGUUUAGUUUAACAUAAUAAGAUUGUUCUAAAACUAAUUUGCUGACUGGAUUAUGCAGUUUACUUUAGUUGCACAACCUUCUUAAAGGUAAUCUCUAUGGAGAAAAAUAAAGGAGAUAUAAUGAC